AAACCAACUACCUUUCAUGAAAAGGCUUUUGCUGAGCAAUAGCAAAGAAGAACUGAAGAAGUGCAACGAGAACAACAGAGAAGUACCCAUCUGUGUGCCAGCAACCUGUGCUUGGAGAUGAACAAUACACAUGGAUCUACACCAGGAACACCCGUGUCACUGUGGGCCCUGCCAGGCACCUGGGAUUCCAUGAAUGUGCUCAAGAGAAGGAGGCAGAAUCCCCGCCAAGAAAAGGGUUCUAGAGUCUGCACCAAACAAAGGGUCUGAUCCGUGUCUUCUGCACAGAAGCUGUGGGGAGGGAACAGCAGGCUGUGGUGGCUGAUCCCACCUCAGCCAUGAGCAGCAUCACUCUGGAUCUCUAUGAAAGUCAUCCAGAAAAAAUCCUUGAGGCACUUCUAAGAAAUGAAGAGGUUAUAGGGACACAGAUUCUGGACUUGAACUGAAUUCAUCCUGGUGUUGGGGUCCUGAUGACAUCACAUCCUCCCCAAAGAGCGGCACAGCCUCCCAAGCCAAGUGAGAAAAACCAUCUCAGCUGUGCUGCACCAGCCCCAAGCACCGACACGCCAGGACACGAUGGACACGUCGCCUGCCCUGAUCCUGCUGCUCACUCUGGGAUUCUGCUGCCCUGGGAUUUAUGGCCAGUCACUUGAGAUAAAGGUCAGGUCUCCCAAGGACAUCACCCAGCUCCGGCUGGGACAGAAGCUGGAGCUGGAAUGUCACACUGACAAGAGCCAUGGCGCAUUCUGGAUCCUCCGGGACAGCAGUGGGACCCUGCACUUCAUUGCCUUCAUCAGUUCUGUGUCCCGGGCCACAUUUGAGGGGGGUCAGAGAACAUCACCUCGCUUUGAGGCGAGCAAAGACAACACGAUCUAUCGGCUGGCAGUGAAAUCUUUCACACCACAGGACGAGGGGAGCUAUUUCUGCGUGAUGAAUUUGAACCAAAUGCUGCACUUCAGCCCUGGCCAGCGUGCCUUCCUUCCAGUCAUCACCACCACGGUGGCAUCCAGCACACCAGGAUCCACCACCCAGCGUGGCAUCACUGAGGACCCCAACCUCACAACUCCAGUUCCAGAGGGAAGAAUGCAGGAAGAUCUGAAUUUCUUCUGUCACAUCUUCAUCUGGGUCCCCUUGGCAGGGGCCUGCCUCCUGCUCCUCAUUGCCCUGGUGAUCACCAUCGUGCUGUGUCAACAAACCAGAAGACGAAGAUGCAGGUGUAAGAGACCUGCAAACGGGAAGCCCCCCACGAAACCCAGGACACAAAACUAACACAGAUCAGCUUCUGCUCCUCCUGGCUUCUGGAUCUUCUCCUGAGAGCUGUCAGCACAGAAAUCCAUCUCCUACAUUAUCCACAAGGCCACUGCACCUCAGCCACUGUGCCCAGACAGGUUUGAGGGGACGAGAGGGAGCACAGACACACAGCCAAGGAGCAGCAGCUGCCUGUGAGCUGCAGGGUCAAGCACAGCUCCUUCCAACCCCUGAGCUCCUCUGGGCAAUGCUGCACAGUCAAGCACAGCUCCUUCCAACCCCUGAGCUCCUCUGGGCAAUGCUGCAGGGUCAAGCACAGCCCCUUCCAAGCCCUGAGCUCCUCUGGGCAAUGCCAGGGGCCAAAGGCCACCUCUGCUCCCAGGGACAGGGCUCAGGCACUAGAGCCAGGCCAAUCCUGAUGCUGACACACCUCAGUGAGAAGCUGGUGAGAAAUAAGGACAUGAUUUUCUCCCAAAAUGCAGCCAGAGGUGGCAUUUGCUACACAAAGCCUUAGAAAUAAUUAUCCCCACUCAACACAUCUUCUUGUUGUGGUGCCUCUCUCCUAGGGCUUUUGUUGUCUCAUGUCAUGGAAUGCAAGACUGCAUUGAGAAGUUAAAUUUGCCUUACUUUUGAGGUUUUUACAGUCCUGGGGGCUAAGGUUCACUGCUCCCCUCACAUUAUCCUUGUUCUGCUGCUACCCCUGAUCCACUUAUUUCUGCAGGAGUUUGGCCUGAGUAAGGAAAGUGGGAUUUGCUUUCUUUCUGAGGGAAAUGCCUAAGUGAUUAAAAAAAAUUGUUUUGGUUAAGCAGGAUGUUUAACGUGUUGAUAUUUUGGGGACAUGUUGUGGACUACUGUAAGUUCUGUUUUUUCAGAUCUGUAUUUCAUGUAAAUACUUCCUUAGUAUAGCUGCAAUUUAAGAACUGAGAUAUAAAAUAAAAUUAUUCUAGUCAGA